CAGGGAAAAGGUCACCCCCUUGCUUCCGACUCCCUCCUCUUCCAAGUAUAUAGGGAGUCCCUUGCACGCCAAAGACAGGACUCUGCACAAAGUGUCCUGAGGCCUAGUGCCCCCUUCCCAAUAUGCACCAACCCAUUCUGCCCAGCUCCUGCAAUGGUAGCAAUCAGCCCACCGUACCCACAGCAUCCCUGGGAGCAGGAUCCAGCCCCAUCUGUGCCCUCAGGCCUAGAGAUGUGAUUGCCCAUGUGAUACAGGAUUCCCCAGUCUUGCUGCAGUGCAUGCUAUAGCCUGCCCUACCCCGCUCCUCCAUCAGCAGGGGCCCUGGAGACACAUUCCUCCCCAACUCUGGCAAUGAGAAUCCCCACCCCACUCGUUACACUUUAAUAUACAUCCUACUCUGCUCAUUCACUGGCUGUAUGCACCCCAACCCCUGCAGCACCUCUCUGAGAGACAUGAUCUGCAUCCCCACCACCACCCCUAUGGGGGACAGGAUUCCCACCAUCUGUUCCCUGAGGCCUAGAGACCUAGCCCCCACACUCUGACCUGUGUGCAGUCCACAUCAACCUGCCCCACACCCCAUCAGCAGGAUCUGUGCCCACCUCAGCCCUGACUUCCCUGUGAGGCAGGAUCCCACUCUGGGCCCCUGAGGACAUUCCCUCCACUUGGUCACACGUCUCUUACUGCCAUGUGGUGAGGAUUAGGAAACCUGAUGUAGGGGGAAGAACCUCCAAACCAAAUCACCUGUUGCAAGGGAGUCCUAAAGCUCCCAUCAGCAUGUUCUUCCCUUAACUCAGCUCCUAAUAUCCUCUGAUUACCCCCUCCCUCCUCAAAAUCCAGCACCCCACAUCCCCCCACUCCCAUCAAGCAUCCCAGAUGGUUUCACUUAAAAUCUUGCUUGGGCCAUCCCUAACUGAAAGCAAUAAAUAAUAUCUUAAUUGUUUGCUUGAAGGUGGAGGGGGGACUGUUAGAAAAAGUGAUGGCUCUGCAUAAUGAGGGGCAUCUGGGGUGGCUUGGAGUGAAGAAAACAGACUCCCUCCCUCCUUCUCCAGUAGCUUCCCAAUCUGCUUUGUUCCCUUUAAGAACAGUCCCUGCCCCUGGAGUAUUACCAAUAGACACAGUUUAAAUUCUGUUUGUGUUGCAGAAUAAAGGCUAUUUUGGUUGCGAUGUCCCCAGUAGAGUCAGUUCCGGUUCACAUCAGCAAGAAAAGUUCUGGACUCUGAUCCAGAUGGUUCUGUUGAUAAAUAGGGCUGUGGUCCGUCUGGAUCUGCUCUGGGGAAGACUCUUGUUGUGGGGUAUCCCGGUUCUUCAUCAGUAGGCUGAGGAAAACGGGGACGUGUGCACCCCAUGUGGUUCUUUCCACCUUGUGUUAUGUGGCCUCUGCAGAGCAAGAGAGGGGAUCUGUACUGCAUUAGCAGGGAUGCAUGCCGUUGGGCUGGGAGUCAGACUUGGGGACUCCUGUUUACCAGUGAUGUGUGCAAUGGAACGGGCCCAGAUUGCUUUCUCAUCUUCCUGCAGAGCUGGCAAAGCUCGUCUCUGUCUUUGAACUAAGCCAGACAGCACUGAAUGGCGGACGGGUAGCAGUGAUAAACAGGAGGCUGUUUACACCCGAAAGUUAGUCGUCUUUGGGAGAUUUGUUUGAGGUGAAGCUCAGUAGGACUCCUGGGUUCUAAGCCUUGCUCAAAAUUAUUACUCCUUGGUUUCCCCAUAAAAGAGGGGUGACAUCAUGUCACUGGAUAUAGAGGAGAUUGUAGAGGGAGGACGGGAGAGUGGUUUCAAUGGGCCAGAUCCCCACCUAUAGCUCUAGGGACUUGUGCUGAGCUAGGGCCAUUUACACAAGCUAAGGAUGUGGCUCAAUGAGUUGAUGUAAUUUCAGCUAUCACACUGUUGUGGUUUAUUAUUCAUAGAUUUUCAGGCUAGGACAGGGGAUCAUUUGCUUGAGGCCCAGGGGCUCUAAUCCAACUUUGCUCUCAAAUCCCCCUGCAAUUUCUGUGAUUUUUACAGUUCCGUUGUUUAGCCUGACCAAACGAAGGCUGAGGGAGGAUCUGUUUGUACUCCAUGAAUGCACCGGGGGGUUAACCCCUGGGAAGGAGAAGAACUACUGAAGCUAAAGGACAGUGUUGAUACAAGAGCAGAUGGGGUUAACUGGCCAGGAAUUGAUGGGGGCUGGCAAUGGGAAGAAGGUUUCCGCCCAUCGGAGGAAGGUUCUGGAACAGCCUCCCCAUAGGAGCAGUGGGGAGCAAACACCCCAACUAGCUUGAAGAUGGAGCUGGAUAAGUUUCAGAUGGGGCUGCCUGCGCUAGCAGGGCCUGGAGGCCGUGAUCCAAGAGGUCCCUCCAGUCCUCUGUCCAGGAAUAAAGUGUAAAGCACCUGUAUAGUGGGUAUAACUGCAUCCACACUAGCGGUUGUGCUGCUCUAGCUAUACCAGUGUAGUUAGUGAUUCGUAGAGUGCAAGGCCCGAAGGGACCAUGAGAUCCUCUAGUCUGAGCUGUAUAGAACAGGCCUGGGCAUUUCACCCACUUUCCCCUGUAUUUAGCCCAUUUGCUUAUAGCUGACUCAAGCCUCUUCCAGAAAGGCCACCGGUGUUGAGAUGGAGAAUCCAUCGCUUGGCUGGGGAGUUUGUGACAGUGCUUAAUCCCUGGAACGGUUAAAAAUCAAUUCCUUUAGUUAAAGCAACACAACUUUUGUGCAUCAACAAGACCCUCAAAUCUUAGCUGCUAGUUGUGCCAAACUUUUGUGGACAGAAGCGUGGCCAUUUAGAAGCUGAUGGUGCCGCCUUAAUAUCUGCAACGCGUGUUGUAGCAAAAGCAUCAUGGAUUCGCCUAAUGGAGUUAACUGUUUGGCAUACGAUGAAGCCAUCAUGGCUCAGCAGGAUCGCAUCCAGCAGGAGAUCGCCGUCCAGAACCCCCUGGUGUCGGACAGACUGGAGCUGUCAGUUCUGUACAAGGAGUACGCGGAGGAUGAUCACAUCUAUCAACAAAAGAUCAAGGACCUGCUCAAAAAAUACUCAUACAUCCGGAAGACGCGGCCCGACGGCAACUGCUUCUACCGGGCGUUUGGCUUCUCGCACCUGGAGGCCCUACUGGAGGACAGCAAGGAGUUGCAACGGUUCAAGGAGAUCUCUGCCAAAAGCAAAGAGGACCUGGUGUCCCAGGGCUUCACAGAGUUCACGAUUGAGGAUUUCCAUAACACGUUCAUGGACCUGAUAGAGCAAGUGGAAAAGCAGAUCACGGUCUCCGAACUCCUGUCCUCCUUCAACGAUCAGAGCACCUCUGACUAUCUGGUGGUGUACCUGAGACUGCUGACCUCCGGCUACCUACAGCGCGAGAGCAAGUUCUUCGAGCACUUCAUCGAGGGAGGCCGCAGCAUCAAGGAAUUCUGCCAGCAGGAGGUGGAACCCAUGUGCAAAGAGAGCGACCACAUCCACAUCAUCGCCCUGGCUCAGGCCCUGAAUGUGUCUAUCCUGGUGGAGUACAUGGACCGGGGCGAGGGUGGAGGCACUAACCCCCACGUCUUUCCAGAGGGCUCGGAGCCCAAGGUGUAUCUACUGUACAGACCGGGACACUACGACAUCCUGUAUAAAUAGGUGCCGGCCAGCUGCCUCUGCUCCCUCCCCACAGGUGUCCCGUGGCCCCCCUGUCUCCCUACCGGCAGUCUCUGUGGUUGUAAAUGGUAAUCUCGCACGCUGCUCUCUCUCUUUGUUUUCCGUUGUUACACUUGCCCGUCUGUGUUUUAUUAAAGGGGAUGCUGGUGAAUGGA